GGUUUUUUGGGAGGGUUCCGGCCAUGGAAGGUGACUGUUGUUCUUCAUCGACAUCGAGUUCAACGAGCGGUGAGAAGCCGAAGGCGGAAAGGACACAACAAAAGGAGAAACCAUAUAGAGGGAUAAGGAUGAGGAAGUGGGGGAAAUGGGUGGCUGAAAUAAGGGAACCUAACAAGAGGUCUAGGAUUUGGCUCGGGUCGUAUACCACCCCCGUUGCCGCCGCCCGUGCCUACGAUAUCGCCGUGUUCUACUUACGAGGUCCGUCCGCGAGGCUUAACUUUCCUGACCUUAUAGAAAAGGAUAAUAAGCUUAGGGAUAUCUCUGCCACUUCCAUACGGAAGAAAGCGGCUGAAGUGGGGGCGAAAGUUGAUGCUUUGCAAACAUCAUCGGUUUAUCAUCAUGGUGGUUCUUCGUCGGACUCACCGAAUAAUACUCGUCGAGUUUUGUUGAAGCCUGAUUUGAAUAAGUACCCCGAAAUUUCCGAUGAAGAUUGAAUCACAGAUAGGAACACACCCCUCACAAAUCAACAAAUGUUCAUAGGCACCAUUUUUUUUCCUUUUGUUUAUUUAAGAAUAGAAUCAAUGGAGAAAUGGAUUGGUUCUAUUUGAUAAGGUUAUGUUUUACUUUGGAAUACUAUUGAAACUUUAGUUA